AUGAAUAUGGACAAUUAUAUUCUCGUGGAUCCACUAACGGCAAAACCGAUCGAAUACGAAGUUCUUCCUUUGGUCCCUGACGGAGAUGUACUAAUUCAUGCGGGCGAUUUCACAAAUUACGGCGAUGUUGGCGAGGUGAUCAAAUUCAACGCCGAAAUUGGCAAACUCCCUCACAAAUACAAAGUGGUCAUAGCGGGGAAUCAUGAGCUCGGAUUCGAGGAUGGAGAGGAGAUGAACGAAAAGCAAUUAGCUGGUUUGAACAUGCUCGGAAUCACAAAAGCCUACGAGUUGCUAUCAAAUUGUAUCUAUUUGUGCGAUCGGGAAACGAAGCUCUUCGGCUUGAGGAUCUACGGCGCCCCGUGGCACUCGAUGCCCGGUCAUGGUGACUUCAAUGCGUGGAACAAGAUGGACGGAAUCUUGGCCGGUGACGUCGAGCUGCUGAACACCGUUGAGCAACGUGUGAAGCCAAAAUACCAUGUCUUCGGCCACGUGCAUCAACAACACGGCGCCACGACGAACGGCUCGACCACUUUCAUCAACGCCUCAAUCUGUGAUCACAAGUUGCGCACGUGCUACGAUCCGAUCAUUUUCGAUAUGCCCCUUCCGCCAGGCACCAUGAAACAAGAUUUCCUCGAUCAGUCUUUAAAUGGAUCACCU